CCUAUUGUGCCGGAGUGAGACAAGGCAGCCCCUGGGACUCUGCAGGCUUCGCUUCUCCUGAUCAGGACCCGCCGUCAGCCGCCACCAUGCCUUUUGGAAACACCCACAACAAGUGCAAGUUGAACUUCCCCGCGGAGGAAGAGUACCCCGACCUCUCCGUGCACAACAACCACAUGGCCAAGGCCAUCACCCUCGACAUGUACAAGAGGCUGAGGGACAAGGAGACGGCCAGCGGCUGCACCCUGGACGACGUCAUCCAGACCGGCGUGGACAACCCAGGUCACCCCUUCAUCAUGACGGUGGGCUGCGUGGCUGGUGACGAAGAAUGCUAUCACACCUUCAAAGAGCUUUUCGACGUGGUCAUCCAUGACCGCCACGGAGGCUACAAGCCCACCGACAAGCACAAGACCGACCUGAACCACGAAAACCUGAAGGUGCAGGGGCUGGGCGUGGGGCUGGUCAGCCAGGGCAGAGAGAGGACCCCCGGCUCUCCUUCCCCGCAGGGCGGUGAUGAUCUGGACCCCAACUACGUGCUCAGCAGCCGCGUGAGGACCGGCCGUAGCAUCAAGGGCUACACCCUGCCUCCCCACUGCAGCCGGGCCGAGCGCCGGGCCAUAGAGAGGCUGUCCAUCAAAGCCCUGAACAGCCUGACCGGGGAGUUCAAGGGCAAAUACUACCCGCUGAAGAGCAUGAGCGAGAAGGAGCAGCAGCAGCUGAUCGACGACCACUUCCUCUUCGACAAGCCCGUCUCCCCGCUGCUGCUGGCCUCCGGCAUGGGCCGCGACUGGCCCGACGCCCGCGGCAUCUGGCACAACGACAACAAGACCUUCCUGGUGUGGGUGAACGAGGAGGACCACCUGAGGGUCAUCUCCAUGCAGAAGGGGGGCAACAUGAAGGAAGUCUUCCGGCGCUUCUGCGUGGGGCUGCAGAAGAUCGAGGAGAUCUUCAAGCAGGACGGCCACCCCUUCAGCUGGAACGAGCACCUGGGCUACAUCCUGACCUGCCCCUCCAACCUGGGCACCGGCCUGCGUGGCGGCGUCCACGUCAAGCUGGCCCACCUCAGCAAGCACCCCAAGUUCGAGGAGAUCCUGAAGCGUCUCCGCCUGCAGAAACGCGGCACAGGUGGCGUGGACACCGAGGCCGUGGGUGCCGUGUUCGACAUCUCCAACGCGGACCGGCUGGGCUCCUCUGAGGUGGAGCAGGUGCAGCUGGUGGUGGACGGUGUGAAGCUGAUGGUGGAGAUGGAGAAGAAGCUGGAGAAGGGCCAGGCCAUCGACGACAUGAUCCCUGCCCAGAAGUGAGGGGCCCCACUGACCCCCCCGGGCAGCCUGGGGCCUGGACUCCGGGGUGACCCCAACCCUGCCACUCGGAGCGGCAGCUCCUGGCGCUCGGCUCUCCCCCGCGAGGGGCUCCGAGGGCCAGGGGCGGCUGCCCUUUGCCAGCUGGGACGCUCUCCUCCUCCGGGGAGCCCCUGUGGACGGAGUUAAUAAA